UGCUGUAAACAAUGCAGAUCCGACGACUCUGCAGCAGUCACAUCAUGUCAGACUGCUCACCCCCGUAGUGGGUUCGCUGUGGCUCAUAAUGCUCGGACUGGUGUCCGCUGUGUCGCUGCGUGUUACAGACAGGCUCACACAGGUGGACUAGUCGGACAGGUUGGACUGGAAGACCUUUUGUUACUUCUUGAAGGCGAUGUAGCUUUUUGGGGAGUUAUCAUGGAGAUAGUCGCAACUGUAGCGCUUCUACACCUGUGUUUGUGUGCGACAGCUGCAGUUUCGGGUGGUGACUCCACGGAAACGGCCAUGACAGCCGCACCGGGCGACGUCGUUAUACUUCCGUGUUACUCCGUCGGUAAUGUGACACCGAUUUCAACGACGUGGAUGAAAAACGGACAAGAAGUCAUUAGAAGUGACGGCUCUUCGCCGACCCUUUCACCCGCAGGGCAGCGCCUCGCAGUGCUGCAUGAUGGGAGUCUGAACAUCAACGGGGUGAUACCUGGAGAUGAGGGCACCUACAACUGCAGCUCCACAUUGCCAGGCAACAUCACCUUUCACGCACGUGCGCUGCUGCAAGUAACCCGUGGUCCAGAAAAGAUAUCUGUGUCCAUUUUCCCAGCCACUGCGCUGUCCAACGGGACGCUCAUUGCCUAUCAGGGUUCCACCGUCUUCUUUAACUGCUCUGGCUCCUCGUACCCCUCUCAGCAGCUGACCUGGACCUUCAGCGGAAAUUCAUCCAGCAACAAGUUGCUGUUUACAGACUCUAAAUCCUGGCUGUACUUCAGGAUAGAAGACAUUCAGGCCAGGGCUCAGGGAAUUUACAGCUGCUCUGCUAACAACACCGUCUCUCAUCAGACAGCCAAUAAGAGCACACAGCUGUUAGUAUACUAUGUCCCAGACAGACACCCUGAGUGUAUGUGGCUACCAGGAAAUGACGCCUCCCACGUCCAAUUUAUUUGCACCUGGUUUGGAGCAUAUCCUCUCCCGACGCUACGCUGGGUGGAAAGCCCGGGUGACCAAGGAGCUCGCUUGAAAGAAAAAGUUUAUGCAUCAGAGGUGACGGACAGCCUGUCAGUGACGCUGAACCGCUCGAUGCUGUCAGAAGGGCAGAUGCUGAGAUGCAUGGCCCAGCACCCAGCGCUCGCUCAGGGAAAAGAGAAAUCGUGUUCGUUUACCCUCAAACCUCCGUAUCCCAAAGGCGAGCCGCUGGUCACAACUCUAGAGGCGACCAGCCUGACGCUGACCUGCACUGAGUCCGUGUCCAUCCCCCCUGCAAACACCACGUGGAGAAAAGGGCUCAAGCAGGACGUCAUUGUUCCCGGAUCCAAGUACGUCCUGUCCGUGGAAGGCCCCGUCUUCAAGCUGACCAUACUCAACAUCACCAAGGACGACGAAGGCGUCUACUUCUGCCGCAGCGAGAACCCACUCGCCGUCAAAGAGCUGGAAGUCUACCUCACUGUGAAGACCUCCUCUGCGUACACAGGAGCAGCCAUCGGCGUCUUUAUAGCUGUAUUGAUUGUGGGAUUGGUCGCAAUCAUAGCAAAGCUCGCUUACUCCAACCGACACCGGAUUUUUCUGGGAGAUGGCUUUGGGCAAAUGGAGGACAGUGGAGACGUGCUAAGUCUGGUGGAGUCAGACGACGAGCAGAUCUUUCAAGAUGCCGUUCCCCGGCUGCCUCCGUUGACCAACGGACACCACACAACGCUCGUCCAGAUACAUCGGAUCCCAUUAAGUGAUCAUGAGGAUGCAGAAACAGCUGACACAAGCCCACAGCAGCAGGAAGAUACUGUACACAGGGAAGAGCCAGUGGAGCUUGUAACAUUUUAGGUAUUGGGUGUUUUAGAGAAGGGUUUUUUCCUAUUUAGGUAAAUACUAUCCACUCCCAAUGACAAUGUGAACAGAAUCGGUGGAAGGCACAUGUAUAAAAAAAAAAAAAAAAUCAGCUCCUUUUUUUUUUUUUUUUUUUUUUUUUUUUAAUUGGGUUUUGAAUUUUUGUAUGAAUAUUUUUAUGGUUGUUGAUUUGUUGAUUGAUUUGUCUGUACAGCAUUUUGAAUAUGUUCUGAUGUUGAGAUGUGUGCUGUAAAUGAAGCUGCUUAAACUAAAUGUGAUGUGACAAUGGCUUUGGUCAUUCAUAACUUAUUGAUUUACGUACAUUCCCACUCUGCGCAUGGCCUUUACAGAUUAACUAUGACUGUCGCAGUCUAGAACACAACUCUAGUAUGGAAUCAUUUUAAAAAUGUGGUGGUGUUUUGUCAGUUAGUCUCAUGUGUGUAUGAUGUAGAGAAGGUUAAAAACUGAAACGUGUUUUUUUUUUUUCCCUUCAUCUUUAUCAGAUCAAGUUUACAUGAGAUUUGGGCAAUGGUGAGAGUGAAAUAUCACAAUUUUUUUUUGACUCAGUAUGUCUAUUGGUAAUAUAGCAAUAUUUUGGGCAUGCCUUUUGUUCCCUGUAAAUAUUUAAUUUAUAAUCUGGGAGUAAAAUCACAGGCAAUCGGCAUCUAGAAAUGGUAGCACUAGCCUAUAAGAGAAGAAAUAC